AUGUCAUCCAAUGCAGGACAAAACCCGCUCCCUUCAAAAGCGGUAAAUAUCUCUACAAGCUCGUCUCCGGCAUACCACCCUACAGCUCCUACGGACAAUAGCUUCCAGAGACGUGGAAGCUCUGGAAACUUUAAAGCCGGUUCAUCUUCAAGGAGUUCACCCGUCCCAAGAAACAAUCAGGCUCGUAAGAACCAACACAAUCGACAGAGAAAACCUCAGCUGUUGGAUGAUGAGUAUAACGAAUCGGCCGCCAUGAAGUCAACUACCAGUCGUAAAGGACAGACGUCCAUCACUCACUUAAUGAACUUUUCCCUUCCACCACGCCCGCAAUACCAACCGCCUCCUCGCAAUGUCCGGCGGUAUACGUCUUGGGGAACGAGUACUGUGGACAAGGCACGUUAUGUUCAUGCAAAUUACAGAUUUGUUGUGAUGCCAAAUCAAAACUUCCAUGCACAAGCAGCAAACGCAGACGUUCAUCUCGAUUGGGCCUCCGUUCUUCAGGUGCUUGUCUCAGCGCAGACACAGUCUGCCGGUUGUCCUAUUUGUUUGUCUACUCCAGUGGCACCACGAAUGGCACGAUGUGGUCACAUAUUCUGUCUCCCUUGUCUUAUUCGAUACAUGCACUCGUCCGAUGAUGAAAAUCCCGUGCCUGAAAAACGGCACCGGUGGAAGAAGUGCCCCAUAUGCUGGGAUUCAAUUUACAUCACGGAGACCCGUCCUGUUCGGUGGUUCCGUGGCCAGGAAGGCGACCUCCCUGUUGAAGGUGGGGAUGUGAUACUCCGGCUGAUGAAGCGAGGAUCAGGCAGCACCCUCGCUUUGCCCCGUGAUGGGUCAGAGACUUUUGGAGCAGAUCAAGAUAUUCCAUGGUAUCACGUUGCGGAGGUCGCAGACUAUGCCAGAAUUAUGAAAGGAGGCGAAGAAUAUAUGACCUCUCAGUAUGAACUCGAGAUUGGGGACCUUAGGAAACAAGAAAUUGAGGACGAGGUUCUAUUUGGAGAUGAAAAUACCUGGACGCGGAAGGCAAUCGGUUCAAUCACAGAUGCCACUGAGAAGCUGAAAGGUAUUGGCAACCCGCCCGAGGUCCUGUCAGCCAAGGAACGCCAUAUUGCACCUGCGUCUGCAAGUACUUCAUCGGCAACUUCCACAUCUACGCCGGCUACAUCAGACGAAACAGAUGACAUAUCUCACGCCAUGAACAAAGUCCAACUUGACACACAACCCAUCUCCAAGCCCAAAGACAAAGGCCGGGGCAAGGAAAAACAGCCGUCUUCUGCAUCGGAACAGCCCUAUCACUUCUACCAGGCCUUACCUCAUUUUUACCUCUCGUCUCUCGAUAUUCGCAUUCUGAAAGCGGCAUUUGGGGAAUACGCACAAUUUCCUGCAACCAUUCUACCACGGGUGGAACACAUAUCAACUGGCCACAUAGUCGAUGAUGAGCUUCGGAAGCGAGUCAAAUACCUCGGGCAUCUUCCACAGGGAUGUGAGGUCAACUUCCUCGAGUGUGAUUGGAGAGACGUGGUUGCCCCUGAGAUCUUGGCGCAGUUCCGUACUGAGACCGACAGAAGGCGAAAGCGCAAUCGAGAAAAGGAAGCACGGGAAGAAAAGGAUCGUAUCCGUGCAGAAAAGAAAGAGGAUGACGAACGAUGGGCUGCUGCUCGACGUAAACGACCCAGUAUCGGAGGUUCCAGUGAAACUCCCUUUUCUGUUCGUGACUUCCACCCGUUGCCUAACAAUAUCGACGCUCCCCUUUUCGACGCCAACACUUCAUCGGCUUCUCCUCCACGCGCAUCAUCAGGGUUUGGUGCUUUGGCCUCUCCUUCUACUAGCCCUCCUGGUUCCCGUACUGUCUGGGGAACCACGGCAGUGGCCUCGCUCUCCCCCAGCCUUGAAGCCCAAGGGGUUACUCCCAGCGAUGGCUGGCGGCAAGGUUGGGAAGAUGAGCUGUUCGCUCAGCAAGAGUCUGAUUUAAUGGCUCAAACCGCGAUUGUGGAUCAAACUUCCGGUCCAUCAACUGGCGGCAAGAAAAAGAAGAAAAACAAGAUUACCUUGAUGUCUACUAACAUCCAAAGAGGAGCAUAA